AUGGACGAUGAUUAUGGCGCCGACGAUGCCCUGCUAGAGGCAAUGGCAGCUGUCGAGUCGGCCCAUCCAGCACGCAGCUCCGUGAAGCAGCCCGCGCCUCAACCAAAGCCCCAAGUCAUCCAGCAAAAGACUCUCGGGUCUGGCAUCCUGGUAUCGCCUCGCCAACGUGGCAAUCCUCUCUUGACCAGCAUCCGAUCGAUACCGUGGGAAUACAGUGACAUACCGGCGGAUUACGUCCUUGGAUUAACGACGUGUGCACUCUUCUUGAGUCUCAAAUACCACCGUCUUCAUCCCGAGUACAUCUACACUCGCAUUCGUAAUCUCCAGGGCAAAUACAACCUCCGCAUUCUCCUCACUCUCGUUGAUAUCCCAAACCACGAGGACUCUCUACGCGAACUAUCAAAGACUUCAGUUGUCAACAAUGUGACUGUUAUACUGUGCUGGUCGGCAGCCGAAGCUGCUCGGUAUCUUGAACUCUACAAGUCGUACGAAAACGCCAACUUUUCGGCCAUCCGGGGACAGCAGUCGUCCAAUUAUGCGGACAAGCUGGUCGAAUUUGUUACAGUACCAAGAAGUCUGAAUAAGUCAGACGCCGUAGCUCUGGUUGCUAAUUUUGGCAGCCUGAAGAAUGCAAUCAAUGCAGAGCCAGAGCAAUUGAGCAUGAUCAGCGGAUGGGGUGGCGCCAAGGUAAAAAGAUGGACGUCUGCCGUUGAAGAGCCAUUUCGAGCAAGGAAAGCAGCCAAGAGAGGCUUCCAGUCAUCAUCAUCAGCAGCUGCUGCAGGACACGCUGAAAAGUCCGGCUCUGGACCCCCAACCAAGGUGACAUCACACGCUUCUUCUUCUAAAUAUGGCUCGCCCGGUGGCAGCGCGCCAGGCCGUCAAUCCGGAAGUACGCAGCCUCCCGCGCAGUUUCACUUCCUGGACGAAGAUGAUGAUUCUGAUGAAGAGGAGGCAUUUGCUACGAUGAGCCGGGGAGAAGAGAAGGCGCCUUCUCAACCUACAAACCAGCCCCAGGAGGAGCGCCAACCCAACAAAGAAAGUAGCCAGCUUAGUGAAGGCGUAGCAGCAGCAUUGGCAAAGCUGCGUCAAAACGGGUGA